GAGGAAAUGGGAGGCCAUAGCUGACCAUGAGAGGGUGAGCGUGUGCUCCUGGGUCUGAGGGACAGCUGCACUGACUCUUCUUGUUGUCUUUAACUAGGUUAUGUGGGUAUGCAAUUUAUGUCGAAAGCAACAAGAAAUCUUAACAAAAUCCGGAGCGUGGUUUUUUGGAAGUGGACCACAGCCAUCACCCAGCCAGGAUGGAACACUGAGUGAUACGGCAACUGGUGCAAGCUCUGAUGCACCGAGAGAAAAGAAAGCCAGGCUUCAAGAGAGGUCAAGAUCACAGACUCCUUUAAGCACAGCAGCUGCCUCAUCACAGGAGAUCUCUCCUUCCACAGUUCAGUCCGAUCGGAGGAAAGGAGCUGAGGUAUCGCAGCCAGCUAUGGGCCUGGAGCAAAAGCAAGUUUCAUCAAGGUCUAGAAGUGAGCCUCCAAGAGAGAGGAAGAAGACGUUGGUUUCAGACCAGAAUGGCAAAGUUGUAAAGAGUGAGCGUAAGCGUGUGCCAAAAACCUCACUUCAAAAAGAAGGACCAGCAGAUGACAGGGAACGUAAAGAAAGGCAUGAAAAUAGAAGACUGGAAAAAGGGAAGUCACAAGACUAUCCCGACUUGCCAGAAAAACUUGAGGAAGGCAAAGUGCCUGAUGAUGAAAAACAAAGGAAGGAAGAUGAAUAUCAUACUCGGUACAGGAGUGACCCCAAUCUGGCAAGAUAUCCUGUUAAACCACAUCCUGAGGAACAGCAAAUGCGCAUGCAUGCCAAGGUUUCUAAAGCACGGCAUGAGAGAAGACACAGUGAUGUAGCUUUGCCACACACAGAAAUGGAGGAAGCGGAGGUACCUGAGAAUAACUUAGGAAAACGCUCACAAUUACAGGGAACUCAGGACAGAAAAUCUCUUGUGGAAACUCAGAGGUCGUACUCUAUAGACAGAACAGGUGAUGUAAGAAUUUCUGUUUCUAAACAAUUAACUAAUCAUAGUCCACCAACUCCCAGGCAUAGUCCAGUUCCCAUAGAACACGUAGAAUACAAGAACCACGAUACCUUUAAAAAACAGAGCCGCCUUGAUCCUAGCUCUGCUAUUCUCAUGCGAAAAGCAAAGCGGGAGAAAAUGGAGACCAUGCUAAGGAAUGAUUCCCUUAGCUCUGACCAGUCGGAAUCAGUGCGGCCAUCCCCUCCAAAGCCUCAUAGAGCAAAAAGAGGCGGAAAGAAAAGGCAGAUGUCAGUUAGUAGCUCAGAGGAAGAAGGGGCAUCAACACCAGAAUAUACUAGCUGUGAAGAUGUGGAGAUAGAAAGUGAAAGUGUCAGUGAAAAAGGUGACUUGGAUUAUUAUUGGCUGGAUCCUGCCACGUGGCAUAGCAGGGAGGCAUCUCCUAUUAGUUCGCAUCCAGUAACGUGGCAGCCUUCUAAAGAGGGAGAUCGCUUAAUUGGGCGUGUUAUUCUUAACAAGAGAACAACCAUGCCAAAAGAAUCAGGUGCAUUACUGGGGCUAAAAGUUGUUGGGGGGAAAAUGACAGAAUUAGGACGACUCGGUGCCUUCAUUACCAAAGUGAAGAAAGGUAGCUUGGCUGAUGUGGUGGGGCAUCUCAGAGCAGGAGAUGAAGUUCUAGAAUGGAAUGGCAAACCCUUGCCUGGAGCUACAAAUGAAGAAGUUUACAACAUUAUUUUAGAAUCAAAGUCAGAACCUCAAGUUGAAAUUAUUGUUUCAAGGCCUAUUGGUGAUAUUCCUCGGAUUCCUGAGAGUUCUCAUCCCCCAUUAGAGUCCAGUUCAAGUUCUUUUGAAUCUCAGAAGAUGGAAAGGCCUUCUAUUUCUGUUAUUUCUCCAACCAGCCCUGGAGCCCUAAGGGAUGCACCACAAGUUCUACCAGGGCAGCUUUCUGUGAAACUGUGGUAUGACAAGGUGGGACAUCAGUUAAUAGUGAAUGUUCUACAAGCAACAGAUUUGCCACCAAGAGUAGAUGGACGGCCAAGGAAUCCCUAUGUAAAAAUGUAUUUUCUUCCAGACAGGAGUGAUAAAAGUAAAAGGAGGACCAAAACAGUAAAGAAAAGUCUAGAGCCAAAAUGGAACCAAACUUUUCUCUACUCGCAUGUACAUCGUAGAGAUUUUAGAGAGCGAAUGCUUGAAAUAACAGUAUGGGAUCAGCCAAGAGUACAAGAAGAAGAGAGUGAAUUUCUUGGAGAGAUUCUUAUAGAGCUGGAGACAGCGCUUUUAGAUGAUGAACCACAUUGGUAUAAGCUACAGACACAUGAUGAAUCUUCACUACCUCUGCCUCAGCCAUCACCUUUCAUGCCAAGAAGACAUGUUCAUGGUGGAGAAAGCUCUAGCAAAAAAUUACAGAGAUCUCGGCCAAUCAGUGAUAGUGACAUCUCAGAUUAUGAUGUUGAUGAUGGUAUUGGAGUUGUUCCUCCAGGUUAUAGAUCUAGCACUAGAGAAAGUAGAUCUACAACACUAACUGUGCCAGAACAGCAAAGAACAACACAUCAUCGUUCACGAUCUGUAUCUCCUCACCGUGGCGAAGAUCAGGGCAGGACCCGUUCACGUUUACCAAAUGUGCCAUCACAGAGGAGUUUAGAUGAAAUUCAUCAAAUGAGAAGAUCACGUUCUCCAACUAGACACCAUGAGGCCUCCAGAAGUCCAGCUGAUUACAGAUCCAGAGACAUGGAUAGUCAGUAUUUGUCUGAUCAAGAAAGUGAGCUUCUUAUGCUGCCCAGAGCAAAACGAGGAAGAAGUGCAGAGUGCCUACAUACCAUCAGAAGUUCUGUUAGGCACUAUAAAACACUACCACCCAAGAUGCCUUUACUAGAAAACGGUGUUCAUUGGAACCUAUACAGCUCAACUCUUCCUGCAUGUGCUAAGACCAAAUCAGUGGUUAGACAGGAUAUUUCUCUCCUUCGUGAUUGCCUUAAUUCACGAAUUCCGAAAUUUGGAGAUGAUCUACUGGUUAGUGAACUACAGCCCUCCCUUGACAGGGCUAGGAGUGCUAGUACCAACUGCUUGAGACCAGAUACUAGUUUGCAUUCACCAGAACGAGAAAGGCAAUCCAGAAAAGUGGAAAGAUAUAGCAGCCAAAAACAAACUAGGAAAGGCUCUGCAGCUGAAACAGAAAGAAUACAUCAACAAGGAAGUCCCACCCAGUCUCCUCCUGCAGACACAUCCUUCAGCAGUCGCAGGGGAAGACAGCUACCGCAAGUUCCAGUAAGAAGUGGCAGUAUAGAGCAAGCAAGCUUAGUAGUGGAGGAGCGAACAAGGCAGAUGAAAAUGAAAGUGCACCGUUAUAAUCAGACGUCAGGGUCUGGUUCUAGUCAAGAACAUGAGCGUGAGCAAUAUACCAAGUAUAACAUACAAACAGAUCAGUACAGAAGUUGUGAUAACGUCUCUGCCAAAUCAUCAGAUAGUGAUGUCAGUGACGUAUCAGCCAUUUCGCGAACCAGCAGUGCCUCACGCCUCAGCAGCACAAGUUUUAUGUCAGAGCAAUCUGAACGCCCUCGGGGCAGAAUCAGUACAUUUACUCCUAAAAUGCAAGGCAGACGGAUGGGGACUUCAGGGAGAAUCACUAAGAGCACAAGUGUGAGCGGAGAGAUGUAUAAACUGGAGCACAAUGAUGGGAGUCAGUCGGACACGGCUGUCGGCAUGGUUGGAACAGGUGGGAAGAAAAGGCGUUCCAGUCUUAGUGCCAAAGUGGUUGCCAUAGUGUCUCGAAGGAGCAGAAGCACAUCUCAACUUAGCCAAACAGAGGCUGGCAAUAAGAAGCUAAAGAGCACGAUACAAAGAAGCACAGAGACAGGAAUGGCUGCAGAGAUGAGGAGUCGUAUGGUUCGACAGCCAAGUCGAGAAUCCACCGAUGGCAGCAUAAAUAGUUACAGCUCUGAGGGCAACUUAAUAUUUCCUGGGGUACGGCUGGGCGCUGACAGUCAGUUCAGUGAUUUCCUUGAUGGACUUGGACCUGCACAAUUAGUAGGCCGACAAACACUGGCAACUCCUGCCAUGGGUGAUAUCCAGAUUGGCAUGGUGGAUAAAAAGGGACAGUUAGAAGUAGAAGUCAUUAGAGCCCGUGGCCUCACACAAAAACCUGGCUCCAAAUCUACCCCAGCUCCAUAUGUCAAAGUUUACUUAUUGGAAAAUGGAGCAUGUAUAGCAAAGAAGAAGACAAGAAUUGCACGGAAGACCCUUGAUCCUUUGUACCAACAGACACUAGUUUUUGAUGAAAGUCCACAGGGUAAAGUCCUCCAGGUAAUAGUUUGGGGAGACUAUGGCCGAAUGGAUCACAAAUGCUUCAUGGGAGUUGCCCAGAUCCUUCUCGAGGAAUUGGAUCUGUCCAGUGUGGUAAUAGGCUGGUAUAAAUUAUUCCCACCUUCAUCACUAGUGGAUCCAACCUUGACUCCCUUGACACGCAGAGCUUCCCAGUCGUCUCUGGAAAGUUCAACUGGGCCUCCCUGCAUUAGAUCAUAGAAGCAGGUGCUGCCUAAU